UUGUUAAUCAAUGUGCCUAGCGUUGGGGCCAGUGGCUCAUCAGGGAAUCAUUUUGCAUGUUUUCAGUUGAGCAUCUCACUGAAGUUCUUCAAAGAACUGCAAGAGCAUGGUGCUGAUGCUCUUCUGCGUCGAGAGUAUGGCUCAUAUUUGACUACGCCUGAGCCUGGUUACAAUGUAUCGCUGUUAUUUGAUCUGACCGCACUUCCUGCUGAUCAUGCUGCUUUGAUACAAAAAGCAUCCAUGCUUAAGAGGAACUGCUUUGCUUCUGUAUUCGAGAAGUACUUUGAGUUCCAAGAAACUGGCCAAGAAGGACAAAAAAGAGCUGUGAUCAAUUACAGAGAAGACGAGACUAUGUACAUAGAAGCUAAAGCUGAUCGAGUUACAGUUAUAUUUAGCACAAUUUUCAAAGACCCAGAUGACGUCAUAAUUGGGAAAGUGUUCUUGCAGGAGUUCCGUGAAGGACGUAAAGCGAGCCAGACUGCACCAGCAGUGCUGUAUUCAUUAGGUGAACCACCCCUAGAGCUACGAGAUCAACCAGGCGCCAGAGUUGGUGAAAAUGUCGGCUACAUCACUUUUGUCCUCUUUCCACGUCAUACAAACAAAAAUGCGCGUGACAACACUAUAGAUCUGAUACAUACUUUCCGAAAUUAUCUCCAUUACCAUAUCAAGUGUUCAAAGGUCUAUAUGCACUCAAGAAUGCGGUCAAAGACGAAUGAUUUCUUGAAAGUUUUGAAUCGUGCACGUCCAGAAGUGAAGCUGGAGAAGAAAACUUACAGGUAUCCCAAACCUUGCUUAUCGUUGACUUUCGACGUUCAGCUGCUUCACGUUGUGCCGCAUCUCUACGAAUGA